GGAUGACUGAAGCUAUCACCUUGCUAAUCCUUGCUGUCCAAACUGGCCUCAUUGAGCUGCAGGAGUUUGUGGAAGCACUUCCGUGCAGUUUCUCUCUGUCUCUUCCUGCUGAUCUUUCCAGCGUACAUGGCUUAUAUGAUCUGCCAGUUCUUCCACAUGGACUUCUGGCUUCUCAUCAUCAUCUCCUCCUCAAUCCUCACCUCUCUCCAGGUUGCGGUGUGCGUGGUGUGCUAUGGUGUAUCAGAGACUGUAUUUGGCGAGUGGAGUGUGAUGGGAAGCACCAUCAUCUUGGUCCACUCGUACUAUAACGUCUGGCUCAGAGCCCAGCUGGGCUGGCAGAGCUUCCUGCUCAGGAGAGAUGCUGUAAACAAGAUAAAAAGCCUCCCUACAGCUAGCAAUACACAGCUGGAGCAGUAUAAUGACAUCUGUGCUAUCUGCUUCCAGGACAUGACCAGUGCUGUGUUCACUCCGUGCAGUCAUUUCUUCCACGCUGGCUGUCUGAUGCCCUCUCUGUCGUUCACAACCAAGAGCCAAUCACCAACUAACGGUGGAGCUACCCGAGGUACACCUGCAGCCAAUCAGAACCCUGCAGGACAGGAAGAAGGCACUCUACUGGAUGACAGGAAAGAGGGAGCGUCAACACACCCGACGCUCCUGCAUCUCUCUGCCAUUCUGUCUCCACCUUUCACCAACCAACUUCACAGCCAGGCAAACUCUACUGGUCCAUCAUCACAAUCUAACCCACCAACUCCCCAUUCAGUGGAACCUCCUCCACGUCCUCCACCUCCUCCUCCAUUCAACCCCUGA